AUGCCGCCAUCAACAUCAUCCAAUAGCAAAACCAGGAGUAAACAACGAGGAAUGGGAAGCGCAGACUCCCCCAUCAUGAUUGAAGAAGCGAGAGAUCACCGGGGGCGUCCAUUGGAUCCUCCUUCCAGCAAUACAACAAAGACUAGCAAAAUCACCGAAACGAGCAGCGCCUUGUUCAAUCAAAUGAAUCAAUCCGUCAAGUCGUUGGCCCAAAAAGCAAAGAGCAUGAAUACUGCCGCAAACAAGAACAAGAACACAAACAAGAACAAGUCUAGCACGAAUCAUGCCAAUUUCAGCACGGUUUCGGCCAAGGCGGACUCCGAUGGCACUGGUUCGUCUGCAUCUUCUACGCCACCACCACCCCAACGCUCGUCUUCCAACGAGUCGGUCGAGUAUCGCAAGUACACCGUCAAGGAAUUGAUUGUCUCGUUGGACGAAACGGCAUCUUCCCUUCCACCCGCGCUCGAACGCCGGGUCCGGGAUUUCAAAAUGGCCCAACAAAAGAGACGCGAAAAACAGGGCGAUGCUAGACCCUGGGGAAUCCUUGGAUUGUAUCAACAUUUGAGUGAUAUCCGUGCCGACUUGGAAUGGGCCGAAGAUGCGGCCUGGCGCCGUCAAAACAAGGAACCUUAUCUCUCGUGGUCCGACUUUGAAGAAACACGAAAAGGAGGCAAUCACAAUCGACCGUGGUUUACCUAUACUGUCAUUCUCAUUUGUUCCAUCAUGAUGUUGGUCACCAUGGGUGUCAAUGACUGGGUCUUUGAACCAUUGGCCAUUAAUCCAUUGUUGGGACCAUCUUCGGAAGCUCUCUUGGAAACGGGUGCUCGGUCCACGGACUUGAUUGUCAAUGAAGGUCAAUGGUAUCGUCUCCUAUCUCCCAUCUUGUUGCACGCUGGUUUUGUACACUUUUUGCUCAACAUGGCGGCCAUGUAUUACAUUGGUGGUGCUGUGGAACAAAGUCAUGGACAUGCUUCUGCAGCAGUACUGUUCGUCGUACCGGCCGUGGGUGGAAAUAUCCUGUCGGCCAUUUGUCUGCCACAAUAUAUUUCAGUGGGAGCUUCGGGAGGAAUCUUUGGACUGAUUGGUGGUUGUGUCGCGGACAUUUCCAUCAAUUGGAAUUUGCUCUUUUUGAAAAGCAUGAAUGACAAGACGGAACGUUGGCGCCACAUGAUGGUCCUCUUUUGGUUGGCCUUUGAUAUCUUUUUGAAUUGCAUGAUUGGAUUGACACCCUUUGUGGACAACUUUACACAUUUGGGAGGAUUUCUAUAUGGACUACUCUGUGGAUUGUCUACCAUUGAAAAGUUGGCGGUCAACUUUUUUGGAUUGUCGCAGGGUGCCAGCAAGAUGGACAAUAUCAAGAAUACUCUGUUCCGAUUCAUGGGACUCAUUGUCUCGGUCAUUGCCAUUAUGAUUACCACCGGACUAUUAGCCGAUUCGGAUGGUCGUACCAGCCCCUGUCAUGGAUGUCGAUACAUUUCUUGUGUUCCCUUUCCACCAGGGGAUGACAAGUGGUGGUAUUGCGAUGACUGCGAUGGCGUACAGGCCGAUUUGUUUGUCAGUAUCAGUGGCUCUGGUCUCUAUACCGACAUUGACUUGACGUGUCCCGAUGGAACCAUUAAGGAUAUUGGAAUUGCACAGGACGAGCUAUACGAACGAUCGGAUGUCCGAAGGGCACUUCCCGGCUAUUGUCGAGAGCACUGCGAUUCUGUCUUUAUCAAUAACUAA